AUUCAUUGCUGAUGAUGGCGUGGCGAUCUUUCGGCACAUGGUCGGUCGUGUGUGCCACGUUGGCAUCGUGUUUGGAAUGGAACGCCAGGGAAGCCAAUGCGUUGUCGUCAUGUCCUUGUGCACAUAUGUCCCUGUGUCUCCCAGUGUCCCGCACUCCAGCGUUUGAAGUGUUUGCAUUUUCUCCGUCAGUCAACUCGACCAACUGGCACUACUACGACUUUGACACGCUCACGACGAUUGCGUGGAACUUGGACAAGGAGCUCCUUUGUCAUGCCCAUGCCCAUGACGUCAAGAUUGUCGUCCAGCACAACUUUGACGACGUACACAUGCUGUGCGACCAGGCAGCACGAGCCGACUGGAUUGAAGCCACGUACAACAGCAUCGUGGACAACUAUGCCGACGGCGUCAACAUCGACACGGAGGUCGCGAUGUCUGGCGCCACGGCCAAGUGCCAGACCCUUCUCGUCAAGGAACUUCGGGCUCGUCUGGUCGCGUCCAAGUUCACUCGGCAUGCGCAGAUUUCAUUCGACGUGCCGUGGGCCCCCCAUGGCAUUGACCAGCGGUACUAUGACUGGGUCGGACUCGCCACCCAUGCCGAUCUGCUCUUUGUCAUGUCUUACGACAUGCGAAGCCAAAUCUAUUACCAAUGCAUUGCGGGUGCCAACAGUCCGUUGGCGUUGGUGAAACAAGGGCUUGAAGAGUACAUUGUCGCAUAUGACAUUGCCCCUCGAAAACUCGUGCUGGGGCUGCCGUGGUACGCUUACAAGUACCCGUGUAAGCCCCACGACCAACCCGGUUAUAAAUCCGCUCGUCCAAUUUGCCACAUUCCACCUGUUCCAUUCCGCGGCGCGCCGUGUAGCGACGCUGCAGGGAGCCAAGUCGACUACAAGCAAGUCCAAAUGUAUUUAUCCGACCCAGACUCUGUCCACGGAUGGGAUCCCAUGAGCCAGUCGCCAUUCCUGAUGGUGCAUACACCCAAUGCAACUUGGCAGAUUUGGUAUGAUAACGUCACGAGUUUGGGUGUCAAGUACCAGAUGGCCCGAGAAUUGGACCUCCGGGGUGUGGGUAUGUGGCACGUCGAUGCGCUGGACUACUCUGGCAAGGACGACCCCGUGGCGUCCACACUCGCCAUGUGGCAAGCCCUCCGCAAGGCCGUGCCAGUGGCGCCAGUUUACAAAUCUAUUGAUUAAUCAUAUAAUGCAUGGCACCACGAUAUAAUUGCCUAA